AUGGAGAAGCCGCGGCGGGCGGUGGUGGUGACGGGGUUUGGGCCGUUUGGAGAACAUGCUGUGAACGCCAGCUGGAUUGCAGUUCAGGAGCUGGAGAAGCUGGGGCUGCGGGAUGACGUGGACCUGCACGUCUAUGAGGUCCCUGUUGAGUACCAGACCGUGCAGAGACUCAUUCCUGCCUUGUGGAAGAAGCACAGUCCCCAACUGGUGGUUCACGUGGGAGUGUCAGGCAUGGCCACCACUGUCACCCUGGAGAAGUGUGGCCACAACGUGGGCUACAAGGGGCUGGACAAUUGUCGCUUCUGCCCGGGCUCGCAGUGCUGCGUGGAGGGAGGCCCCGAGUGCAUCGACUCCAUCAUCGACAUGGACGCCGUGUGCAGGAGGGUCUCAGCCCUGGGGCUGGAUGUCACUGUCACCAUCUCCAAGGAUGCUGGCAGGUACCUGUGUGACUUCACCUACUACACCUCCUUGUACCAGAGCCGUGGCAGGUCAGCAUUUGUCCACGUGCCUCCUCUGGGAAAACCUUAUUCUGCAGAACAGCUGGGCCGGGCCCUGCAGGCCAUCAUAGAGGAAAUGCUGGAUCUUUUGGAGCAUUCUGAAGACAAAAUCAAUUGUCAACAUGAACACUGAACCUUCCCAGGAGCUCUCCUAGUAUUGCACUUCCAAGAUUUUUUUUCCCUGCUGCCGAAGUAUUGAGGGGGAAAAAAAAAAGAAACAAAACAAAAAAACAAAAAGGGUUCUUGGACUCAGAAUUGGAGACUUCAAAAAAAAAAAAAAAGGAAAAUUCCACUUCUAGAAAUUAACUUUUUUUUUUUUUUGGUCAAAUCUGUGAGUUUCAGCCUGAGCAACAAAGGAUCCAGAAUCUCUUCUCUAAAACACCUGCAGCUCCUCAUUCCUGAAGGAGGAGCUUCCAGGGAAUGGAUCCUCACCUGCCAGAUCCACCCUGGGAUGUUCCUCACCUGGACUCGACAUUCAGGUGCAGGGAAUUGCUCACCCAGUCCUCUCAUGGCUAAUUCUUGAGUUGGAAGGUUUGCUUUCAGUUGGUUUUAGGUUUGUUUUCCCUCCUCUCUUGACCCAGAUUCAAGGUGGUAAUAUGGUGAGGACAGCUGGACUUGGGAUGAUGUGGGAUUGUCUUGGAGAGCAGAGUUUGGUGGGUAUGAGGAGCCUGAAAUUGCUUUGCUGGAAUAGAAAAUUAUUUUGGGCACUGAUUCCUCACUCCACAUCCUCCAAAUAUCCAUAGGGUCUCUGUAGCUGCAGCAGAAGGGAUGUUCCUUUUGGAGCCCAAAUCCAGCUGGAUUUUUUUUUAUUUUUUUUUUUUUUUAUUUUGGAGCCUGAAAUCUUUCCAGAUCUUUUUCUUGCCUCUCUCUUGGCCACCUCCCUCCCUCGGAUCAACCAUGGAGCUCCUGUAACAAACACCUCGGUUUAAGUGUGUCUAAAACAAAUUAUUAGAGGGUAAAGAGCUUUACUGAGGGCCACCUUCCCCACAGGAGAUCUUUAUCCUGGGCUCUUGGUGCUCAAUGCUGUUUUUGAGGUGAAGCUUGAGUAAUUUAUAACUUUCUGAGCUGCAGAUUUUCCCUCUUGUUCCAGGUUAGGGAAGUAAUGUUCAACUGAGAUCCCAAUUCCACCUUGAUUGAGUGGAAGCAAAAAAAAUGCAGGUGGAAGGACACCCUUGCAAAAUGGAAUGUGAGAUUUUCAACCCAAUCCCACUGCCUGGAAACCAGAGGCAAUGAUUUGAAAUGAAGGAAUUUUGCUUAGAGGGAGGAUUUGGGGCUUUUUCUUGGUGUCCCCCUCCCAAUUGGGGGGUGUCAAAGUGGUGCUGCCUGUGGGAGCUUUUCCAGGAAUUAUUGUGGGGAAGGGUACAUGCAGGAUCUCAGCAGGUGGGUGAUGCUGGUCUUGUGUGGAGAUUUUACUGCCAAAUUCUUAGAUUCCAGCAAAAACCCAGCUGAAGUUGGAGCAGGAACAGACACAGAAUUGGGAGCUGAGGCCUUGUGGAGAGGCCAUUCAAAAGAAGAAGUCUGUGAUUUGAAAGGAUGCUUUUACAAAUAGAUCUAAAAUACAAAUAGAUAUCUAUAACAACAUGUUAAAGGUUUUAAAACCCCGUGGUUUGAAUUUCUCUGGUGCUGACUGGCUCUGCUAUAGUAACUCUCAGUGAGAGCUGCCCUGAGCUUGCCAGGAGAAGUCUGGUGACAGGACAAAAACCACUCCUUGUAAUCCUUGACAUGGGACAAAGACUUUGCAGCUGCAAGGACUCUGCUGAGGGCACCUGAGCAGGAAGAUUUUUUUUUUUUUGAUAGACCCAAGGAAAUUCCUUCUCUGUUCACUAUCCAGGCUUUCCUGCUCAGAGGAAUUUGCCUUAGAGUGAAAUAUUGUUGUUCCCAUCGAAUCUGAGGUAGCACUUGUCAGAUUUCCUGAUUAGUAAUUUAUUCUAUUUAAUAUUUUGUUUAAAUCUUCGUGCUUUGACACAGUUGGUAUUUUGGUUUGUUUUUUGGGGUUUUUUUGUGAUUAGUUGAGCUCCUUAUCCCCAUAGGAUUCUUCCUUUGUUGGUGAGAAGUUUUUUUUGUCCUGGGUGUUUUGUAGCUGCUAAACUUGGGGAAGAGGAAUAUCCCAUGGGGUUUGGUGCUGGAGUAAUUCCCAGAAAAGCUGCUUAAUUCACCUGUAAUGCAGCUGUGGAUGAAAUGGAAGUGGAAAAUCAACAGAUGGGUGAGGUCACAUCAAAAUUCCAAGCAUGGAAUCUCAGCAGGGGCAGGGUGGGACCCACAGAGGAGUCAGAGCAGGACCUGGGAGGACUCAGUGAGGGAUCAGCAUCUCCAGGUGAGAUAUUCCCUGCCCAUCCCUAAAUCUGCAGCCUCUGGAGGUUCAGAGAUCCCCCCCUGGAUGUGUUUGGUGGCUCAGGAUCCAUCAGCAGGGAGCACAGACAGCAGCAGUUCCGUGGGCAGAGCUCUUCCCACGCGGAUUUGUUCAGCCCAGGGAGUUCUAUCCUAAAAAUAAUUCCUUUUCCUGGGUGUUCUCUGCUGCUCCAGGGGAAAAUCCAGAGCCAGUUCUGUGCCUGCUGGAGCUUGAGAACUGAAGUGCUUGGCCUUGGGUGUGUCAGCAUUAAAAAAUCCCAUUUUUUGGGAAUGCUUUGAGCAUUGCUUCGAGCUGUGCUUUUCCUCCCAAUCUGU